AUGCGGUCCUCCACGGCGAAUGCUCUCGCUCAGAGAGAAAUGGACAGAGGUCAUAAGGAACAGCGCGAUCACGAGAAUUUGAAUGAAAACGAAGAGGAACGAAAAGUGGGAAUGGACUUUCUUAAUUUAUCUCGUCACCAUGGCGUGGAGCACGCAACCGAUACCGAAACAGAGCGGGAUAUGGAAGUUGAUCAAAACGACCAUAUUGAGAAUUUCCACGAUGACAAAGUAGAUCAAACUAUAGGAAGAAAUUUUCAUAAUCUAGCGAACCAUCCCGCUAUGAGAGACAUGGACAGAGAUCAAAAUAAUGUCGAUAAUGUACACGAUGAUAAACUCGAUCAUAAAAUGGGACGAGAUUUUCGUAAUUUGGGGUCUCACGCAGGCAUGGUUCAUCUUCACUCUGGAAUUGAGCAUUUAAAUAACGUGGACGUAGAGGUAAAAUUAGCAAGGGAUGUUCGCAGUUCAUUGGGCUUAGGAUUGUCUCUGGAAUUGUGCGUGGUUUGCGGAGACAGGGCCAGCGGGAGACAUUAUGGGGCAAUAAGUUGCGAGGGCUGCAAGGGAUUCUUUAAACGCAGCAUUCGGAAACAAUUGGGUUACCAAUGCAGAGGCAGUAAGAGUUGUGAAGUCACUAAACAUCACCGUAAUCGUUGCCAGUAUUGCCGACUUCAGAAAUGUCUAGCCAUGGGCAUGAGGAGUGAUUGUGAGUUGAUCUAA